AUGAUAUCCACUACAACUAAUACAAUACAUAUGAUUACUACUAAUACAUCAUCGCCAAGUAAUUCAAUUUCCAAAGAAAACGAUCUUGAUUCCAAUGGUUCUUCACUUGAUACCGAUAUGGAAGAUAAUACAUCACAGUCUCAAGAUAGUAAUCAAUAUCCGGAUCCUUCUUUAGCUACACCUGUACCAAAUUCCGUUAUGAUUCUUUCACGAACAGUUAAUCAUGAUAUUCACAAUGUUUCACUUACUGAACAUGAUGAUUAUUUAUCAAAUGAUCUAUCCCAUAUUCACCUUCUUCAUUCAAAUUCUAUAGCUGAUCCGAAUUUAAAUCAUCAUAAUGCAACAUCAGUUGCACAUACAAUAACUAAUGAUCUACAUGAUUAUCAUCACGGACAAAUUCUACAAUAUUUUAACGAUACAUCAAAUGAUCGAUUAAGAUUUAUAAAACGUUCAAAAGCAAUAAUGACACCUUCAUCAACAACAAAUAUACCAACAAAUGAUCCCAAUGGUGAUAUUAGCUUCUUAUGUGAUCUCAAUACACCACCAACAGUUAAUCGACAAUCAAAUCAUACGAAUAACUAUUAUGAUACUGAUUGGCAUGGACGAAUAUUAUUACCGACUACAAUAACAUCCCAUGUAGUUGAUAAUGUUAAACAGGAAUAUGAACAACAUAAUAUUCUACGAUGA